CGACCAAAUCGGCUCGGGCCUUCUCAAGUCGACAAGCUGAUUUUUCUAGUGAUAAUAAUAAUGCGUGUGCGCCGUUUCACGACGUGCAUACCGGAAAAACCGACGACGAAAAGUGGAAAAAACAAGUGAUUUCCGUGCCUCGUUGUAAGGGAAUGUGAUUGCAGGAGGCGAAACAAUGAGACGAAAGUGCAGCGUACGCCGCAAAAUGUACGAGAGUUCCUGCUCCUAUCAGGGGGCCUUGGAGCUGAAACGGACGACUACCAGCGCCUGCCCUUUAGGCAUUAAAACUGAAGAGUUCAGUCCGGCCAGCGAUUGGCCAGCUUACCGUUUUUGCAACCCCAGCACCUUCGAGCAACUGAAACAGAGCGUCGAGAAGGCCAAGGCAGCGUUGCAGGACAGAACCACGUUCUUUGGCAAUGCCAGUGCGUUUAGUGACUUGUACAACGUUUCGUCCAGCGGGCGCGGCCAUCAGGAAAAUCUGCAGGAUGGCAGCAGGUUGCGCGACGCCAACGAAGUGGACAUCAAGAGAGGCUUGGCUCUGGAUAAAUCCCUGCAUUCGCAAGUGAGCACACCCAAAUCGUACAACACGCUCUCGGAAACGCUAAGUAGGACCAAAUGUGAUACAUCGUACAAAGGAUCAUGGACUUCACAUCCAGUUUCACAGUCGCAAGAUCCAUAUCAAAUGUUCGGACCGACCAGCAGUCGUUUAGCGAGUUCAGGGUCAGGUCAGAUACAGCUAUGGCAGUUCUUGCUGGAAUUGCUCAGCGACUCUUCGAACGCCGCCUGCAUAACUUGGGAGGGCACAAAUGGAGAGUUCAAGCUGACCGAUCCUGAUGAGGUGGCGCGCCGUUGGGGCGAGCGCAAAUCAAAACCGAACAUGAACUACGACAAGCUCAGUAGAGCAUUGAGGUAUUACUACGACAAAAACAUCAUGACCAAAGUGCACGGGAAACGCUACGCCUACAAGUUCGACUUUCAAGGGCUAGCGGCUGCUACGCAGCCAGCUUCCAGCGAUCCAAGCAGCUACAAGUACCAGAGCGAGUUCUUCAUGAGCUCGUACCACCACAGCGCCAAAUUGGGCGGAUUUAUGGGCCCGCAUGCCACCAUUCCCAGUUCGGCCGCGUCGAUUUUUCCGUCGCCAGGAUCGUAUUGGAACAGUCCCAGCGCCAACUUGUACUCGAACAUAGCGGCCAGUACCCAUUCGAUUGGGCACCAUGCCGCCCCGCAUUUGGGGGCGCCACCGUUGGGCAGUUAUCCGCAUUACGCAUGACCGACUCCGGGGCCUGCCUCCACCACAGCCGAAUGGAGCCGGAAACUGACGAUUUGAACUGGUCGGGUUCAUUCUCAUUGGUUUAAUAGCGGCGUAAUGCCGUGUUGCGCAAUAACCCCCUUGUUUGCCCAUACGUGGUGAUUCUGGAUGUGUUUGCCCUCGUCACAAUCGACUCAUGGACUCAUUUGAAACACUCUGUAUAAAGUGCUGGUAUGGAAUCCCAUCCAAAAGCACCUGGGCGCCGGGGGGGUAAGUAUAGAACAGCAAUUCACACAAGUUUUUUCUAAAGAAUAAUCGUGCAAUUUGGACGAAUUGUUGUAAAUAGUGGUAGUAAAUUUGAAAUGUGUAAAGAGGACUAACACAAGCCGUCUGGCGGACUCUGUGAUAAACAUUUUACGUAUUUUGAAUGUGACUGUUCGACUGUCCACAGGGUUUUUCGGUGAUUUUGCCCCUGAAAUCCCGUGGACAGUGGAGCAUAUGUUGCAGUACUUUGCAGGCUAAUGUGGAACUCUUCAGUCCACGGAUUUGCCCAGUUUAUGUUCCUUUCGAUGAAUUUUCUUUACGCUUGUACAUACAUGAAUAUCUGAACCGUUGUUGUAAAUAUUGCGUUAUUGAUAGUCUAUAAACCCGCUGUAAUAUAUGAGAAACUUUUUGGGAAAAACCUCAGAGGCAGACAGGAAAUUUAAUCAAAACAAUGUUUUAUCCUACUCACUCACUCCCAAACCCUUCAACUACUAAAGGACAAACAUGUCGUCAAUCCAGCCUACUUAGACUGUCAAGGGCAAAAGAACUGUCGUUACCACAUAAAUAUCAUAGAAAGUAUUAUAGUCGAAACUAGUCAUAGCCAGUACUAAACCUGAAUGUUAGUAGUAAGACGCAUAGAAUAGUCAGGGUUAUCAGAUGGCAAUGUAGUCAUAAAAAUAUAAAUGUUACUGUAUUUAUUAUAUAAAAAUAUAGUUGAAAAUGCC